AUGACCUGGCUGUGCUUGUGCCUCUGUUGUUUUGCUCUUCAAACAGUUUCAGCAAGGCCAUUUCACUCCAACCAAUUCUUCUAUGAUCCCAACAAUACGGAUCUUUUUGAAGGCGACAUCAUGAUUCGCAAUAAAACGGAGAAGAAGCGCUUUGACACUUACGCCGGGGUGAAAGACGAGACAUUGCUAUGGCCAGAAGGAAAGGUCUUCUACAAAAUAGACAAAGGUUUCGAUUCAGACUCGGACAGAAAAGUCAUACUCGAUGCCAUGGAGCUGCUGCAGUCAAAAACGUGCGUAAAAUUCAUCGAAAGGACAGACGAAGAAAACUACGUUUUGAUUGCGCCCAGACCCGGCCGAUGCGCCUCGUUCGUCGGCAUGCAGGGCGAGGAGCAAGCCCUGGCACUGGACCUGUAUCGCUGCCCUAACGUUGGCCAGUCGGUACACGAGCUGAUGCACGCCAUUGGAUUCUUCCACGAGCACAGUCGACCUGACAGGGACAGCUACAUCUCCAUUCAAUGGAACAACAUCGAAGAAGAUGCCAAACAAAGCUUUGAGCUGAAGACAGAGCUGAUCGCGGACACCCUGGGUCAGCCCUACGACUACGAGUCUGUGAUGCACUACCCGCAGGACGCUUUCAGCAAGUCACCGCCCACUCCAACGCUUAUUCCCAAGUCGCCCGAUAUUGACCCCGCAACUCUCGGCAAGGGCUACCUUGAGAAUUUCUUAACAGACACUGACGUCAUCAAAGUCAACCUUCUUUACGGCUGUGCGAAAUAA